GGCGUCCAAAAUGUCGAUAUUUCUUUUACUUCGAAAACCUUUCAGAACAAAGAACACUCAUUUAUAACUAGGUCCAAUCCUAGGUAUUGUGCCACUAUUGUAAAGACGCGCUUGCAUGUACCCCAAGGAAAGCAUAUCGUUCCGAAGCCACUCGUUUAUCGCGGCAAAAACACGAACGUGAUUCCCAAGGCGCGAAAUCCAGAGGGCGCUAGCACAAAUAAACUGUGGCACAUGGGUAAAGUCGGUCCACUUUUAAUGCAAAUGAUCUACAUUUUUCAGCGCCUUUCGAUGGUCUGAUUAGUUCAUGUUGUAGGUGAACAACUGCUGCAAGUAAGGUAGCUAACUGUUUAUAGGUUGCCCUUCAGUGUGAGUUAUUAGUUCCGUUUUAUAGUGGCGGUUCAGUGAUCAUCCGUUGCGAUGUCGGAGCCCAAAAUAUCCCCGAGCGAUCCGUUGAAGCUUUGGUACAGCAUAAAGGGCGAUGUCAGGACAGCAAAGAGUGUUGCCUUGGAGUCACUGACACUGCAGUCUGUCGACCAUUCUGUUUAUGUCAUGUUGCAGAUGAACUGCGACUUCAUCAAAAAGUUCGAGUUUCUGAACAUUUCAGAAAUAAUAGUCACGAAUCUCCGAAAUGGCAUGAGCCUGAUGGAGAUCUCGGAUUGUUUGAGAAUUCUUGCGAAAUAUGCCAAAGAGAUGCUGAAGCCAACAAAAGAACGGUACAAACACUGGAACAAGAUCCCUUUUAUGAAAGCAGGCGCCCCGCAGAAGUGGACCAGGAUGGAUGGCACAAAGACUAUUCUCAAACAACUUGGCUAUACACAAGAGACAUCAAAGGGCUACAUUUUCCCACUGCAUUCAUUUGGGCCACCUUUGAAUGUGAUCAAGAGCCUUUCAUUGGAACUGGCCCUGGCUGCUGCAGAGCUGUCGGUCUUCUACAACAACCACCAUCCCCACCCAGAGUAUAUACGUAACAUUAUGUGCCCUGGUGGGUCCCUUUUGCCAUCACCUUCAAGCACUGAGCGCAGAGAGUUCAACGUUAUGGAUCUCCUUGCAGAAGUGGGAAACUCGGCCAACCUGAGGGACCUCACGCAGGCACCUAUUCCUGCACAGAACUUGAUGAGCCCAUCACCGCACAAAGGCCGUGGCAGGCCUCCAGCAGUGACGCGGGCAUCAGAGGUGGUGGCUAACUGUGCUGCAGCAUGCAACUGCCAUGCCUACUAUGACAGCUACAAUGCCCAGCCGCAGCAGUUGCCGGCACACCAGCAACCACUGCAUCUGCAGUCUCCUGGCCAUCUUCAGCCAGCCCACCAACAGCAGCAGGAGCUGCAGCGACACCAGCAAGAGAUUCAGCGACACCAGCAGGAAAUGCAACAAGAAAUACAGCAGCAGCAGCAGCAGCAGCAGCAACAACAACAGCAGCAGCAACAGCAGCAGCAGCAACAGCAACAACAGCAGCAACAACAGCAGCAGCAGCAGCAACAGCAGCAGCAGGCAGACCAGCAGGCCCAACAACAGCAGCAGCAGCCACCGCAACAGCAGCAACCACAGCAACAGGCACAGCAGCAGCAACCACCUCAGCAGUCUCAGCAAGACAUUCAGCAACAGCAGCAGCAGCAGCAACAGCAGCAGCAACCGCCACCACCACGGGAAUCCCAGCCAUGAAAGAAUGUGAGGAAGGUGCCAUUGAUUUAUGCACCUCCUUUAUUUUAUUUUCGUCACUUUUUCUGCUUGUAGCUGGGGGCAAGUUGUCUUUAUAAUAAUUUUCUAUCUGGGAAUAUGUAUUUGGAAUAUUUUAAUUUUUAUUUUUGCUUCUAGUGGAGGCAUGCUAGAAGCCACCACAAGAAUUAGAGCAUUGAAGAGACAUUGCCUUCAUGCUAAUGAAAAUUUUGGAUUACAGUCGGCUUUCUUUUCAUUUAGGGGUUGAUUGCUCUUGAGUUUUUGUUGUCUUUUAAGGAUGAUCUUUUUUUAAGACCAUCUUAAUGUUAACAAACUGCAUUCAUUUUCUGCACCGAGAUUGCUGCAACGAAUUUACUUUCUUUCUUUAUGUGGAUGUUUUCUGAGAUUUAUGCUUUGCUUUUUAAAAUUUCAUUUAUAUUUACAAGUUGGGGUGCCGGUUCAUAGCCAUGUUCGGUAAGCCAGGGCUUGAGAUAUCCUUUGUUUCUUCUGAGCCUAAACAAAACUGACUCUUGACCAUUGUUGAAAUGGUACAUCAUUUGGAAGCUGAGCAAGCUACUUAAAGCUACUCUGUCCUUUAUCCUGCUGCUUUCUGGCAGUCUAGCAUUAAUGGAAGUUGUUAUCUAGCAUGCAUGUAUCUGACUUUAAAAUGUGGAAUGUAUAUAGCACUAUAGUUGCUACUCCAAGCAAUACUUAGCCGUGUUUCAUUUUCUGAUGGCUUCGCUGUGUUUCCUUUUUUUUUCGUGAUAAAAAUGGCAAUCGUUUGGUACAUCUGCUAUUCAAUACAUGAGCGAUUGAUCCUUGAAGAAAAAUAUGCGUUUGUAAUGAGACGAUCAAAGUUCUGGGAUUCAAUUUUUUUUUUUCACUGUCAUCCCAGAGGUAUUGCAUUGAAAGUGGGAAAGGCUUUGAACAGCUAUUUUUGUCACAGUAGCUUCAUAGUACCAUUUAGUAUUGCCAAUUUGAUGUGUAAAAUUUUUCCCUAUGAAUGGUGUUAACAUUGCUUCCACAUAAAUCAAAAUAGUAGUUCCUACAGAAAACAACACAUUCAUUUGGUUUUCGAUUGUGUAGUGGCUGUGUGAAGAGUUUACUGUUGUUAUAGUGGCUAGCUAUACGUCAAACUUGCUAGUUGCUGUGCUUUUCUAUGCUUUUCUUUUUGUUUCUUUGUGGCUAUAUCGGUGAACCUAUCUAUUUUCAUCUUUCCGAGGUAAAUUUUGAGAGUGUAUUUACAUUUACGUUGUGUAGUCGGAAUGGCUGAUUUAUGUCAGACCUUGUGUACUGGCCGUCACAACAUAGCUUGUGGAAGUAACAGUGUAGUUAGCAUCAAACAGCAUUUUAGUGGAAUGGAAAAAGUUUCGCUUGUUCUUUUUUCUUACUCAUGUUUACUGGGCAGCUGCAUGUUUUGUUCAUGUCAAGGAUAUUAUACAGUGUUGUUCUGCAAGUAAGAUUGCUUGCAAGAUUACUGGCCUCCAGCCAGGCUGUUUAUUUCGUGUCAGAUUCUGAGUUUUCGCUGGCUAGAAAAUGUAGGUAAAUGAAACUGGCUAAAAGUCAUCAUGAUAUAAAAGUAGGAAUUGAAUUUUCCCUUCCUAGAAGCCAGAAGUUCCACUGAAUAGGACGUUGGCAUUGAAAGGAUCUUACGCGUAUUCUGGAAGACUUAUAGAAACAGUGGUUACAUCAACCUAGCUUGGUGGCUGCAAAAAGAAUAACAUGGUUUGAACUGAGUCGAGGAAAGCAACUAUUCCCCGAGAUGCACUUGGUGUCGAAUGGACGCUCCUGCUUUAGCAGCCCUGCAGCUAAAUACACGUUAUUUAUCAGAUCGAGCAUUAUGUCGUGUGGGUUAUGUCAUGUUAAACUUUUUUUCUUUUAUUUUAUUCGUGUAAUGUAACGCUUGACGUGUGAUAUAUGCCAUCUUGUUCGAUCAGUUAGAUACAAAAUCAAAAAGUGUGUAUUGUGUUAUCACCAUGUUUGUCCCUACAUAUUGCUUUUUUUUUCGCGAGUGCUAAAGUAGUGUUUCAUUUCUGUGGGGCUCAUUAUUUUUCCAUCUCUUCUCCUGUACACAACUAUUUCUUCUUUUUUCUGAAUGUAAAUGCCUAAGUGUUUAGUGUACCAUGGUGUGCGUGCAGCUUUCUGUGUGGUGGUGUUUUGCCAUGUCAGUUGCUUAUGGCAUUACAGUGCAUAUACACUUUUUAGUAUUCACUUCACUUGCAUGUCUCAUGCUUGUACAUUCCAUCGGUGAAGAUUUGUAUAUUUGUGUGCACAGAGAGUUUGAAAUUCCUCAAUUAAAUAUAGAACACUGUUUGCAGCAAAUAGUCUAUGACAUGUCAGGCCAUCCAGUGGAUGACAUCUUAAGGGGUUUUUUUAGGGGGUGUGAAAUAGUGGGGAGCAGCCCAGGAACACGUGAGUGGCUUUUGAAAGUUUAGACAAAGCAGCUGCAGUAGCUCCAAAGGAUGUGGCACUUAUGUGGCUAGGAAAUGAGCAUAAUGUGUCCACCCAGAAGGCUGUCCUAUAUUGCACGAAGAUCCUGCAUCCAGGAGAGUUGAGAGCAUCAACAAGCAACUUGACUUCCAUAGUCUGAACACUGAUCCUUAGUUUGUCACUGUUCUUCACGUUAACUCAGUUAAAGGGACUGACAACCACCCGUACAUGUCACAGGAUGCUGGAGGAAAUGAAAAGACCAUGAAUUGUAGUCAUAGAAUCGGUGAUGCUGUUCACAUUGUAAGCAGCAAUAGUAAAUAAUUUUAAAUAUCCACAGAAAUCUGCCAAAACAAAAAAAUGAUACACUGCGUCACCAUGUGAGAAGCCUUAGUUCUGUGGGAUGGAAACAUUUAAUUUAAAUUGCAGUUCUUAAAUUUCAUUCACAAUAAUCUGAUCAUGUGUUAUGCUUUCAUUGUAGCUCGCAUAUAAAUUUCAUUUUUGGAAGUGUUGCAUUCUUGUUAUUUUCUUCACUAUUUGAACUUUGGUGUUUUACAUAUUAUUUCAAGUAUACACAUUCAUGAGCAUUAGCAUUUUGAGUGUUAUCAUUGGAAAACUAUCAUAGUACUGGUCUCAGUGUUGAGGGACACAUUUGCUAUUUACUGUUUGGCUGUAAGCACAGCAUUCUGGGCUGCGUCCAUCAGGAUAAGAAAAGUCAUGUUUGGCAAAAGCGGGGGGAUCUGAGCCAUAUUUAUCAACAACCUUGUACGAUUCACACUCCAGCAUAGCGUAAGCAGUUUUGAACACAAACAGAAGAGUAUUGAGGUUUGGAUGCCUGCUUGUUUUUACAUAGUAUCAAACCAUGACAUCAUACUUUCUGUUCACAAAUUAAGCAGUUUUCAUCAUGCGUUGGGCAAAAUAAACAAGGAAACUAGUGAUACAAGCUACACUUAAUGGAGCCCUGCAACACCUUUCGAAGUAAUCGUCUAAUGCUUUCACUAUAGGAGUUUAUUUCCUCAUGAAUCUCUUGUCACCAAAAUAUUUUGGAUCCGUAUAAGCGGAGUUACAGGGAUUUGUUGCAGGCUCUGAGCAUGCUGGAGGUUAGCCAAUGAUGGAUGACAAGGGGGCAAGAAGCUACGUCAGCACACAUCAUGGCCUUCAGUAUUUUCCCUUCAUUUAUUUCUUUGAUCAUGUUCGCACCCUUCCAAUUCAGACGAGCUUCGCAAAAAGCCAGCAUGUGUCAGCACCCUGUGCCACGAUACCUGUGCAGCACAAGAAGUGCAACUUUCAUGCUAAAGUCUGGCCAAGCUCUACGAAAACCUUGUGCACAUCGGCUUUGUCCUGUGUCAGGUAGUGGAUAGUAGCCAAAUCCAGAUAGCGCAUUUUGAAUUUAAUUGGCUAAACACCAAACAAUGCUUGCCAAGGCAUCAAUGAGGCAUGUCGGAGAGAGUAAGCUAGUGCUGUUAAAUGUGCUGGUGGUUUUGGAAACGUUGAUGUGCAUCAGUAAGCGCUGUCUUAGUGGGCUCAAUAUGGGACAAGGGAUUGACUCAGGCACGUAUUCGAAACUGCACAAGUGUAGUACGCCCGGUGCCGCCACGCAUGAACGUAGAAGGGAUGAAAAAUUAAUCAACACAGGUUGUCACAAGAGCCAACGUUACAACAAGCGGACUUGUCUUCUUUAGGGCUUCAAGGUUGCAGCCUUGAAGAAGACAAGCCCGCUUGUCGAAACGUCGGCUCCAGCGACACCCCAUGGUGACGGAAUUUUUCAUACCUUCAAGCUUCCAUCUUCCCCUGAACUCCUGCCUUUUAUGAACGUAGAAGAAAACAUAACAUUAAUGAGCAGGUGACCGUCGAUGGAGACCGGAAGUGCAGAGAUGAAGUACUUUAUUGGUGUCCUUGAAGAUAGAGACAUGCAUAUGUUUUAGUCAUUGAAUGGAAACCGAACAAUAGAAGUAUUAUGAGGAUGUUUUGGCAAUCAUGAAAUCGGCCAAUGUUUGUGUCCAUCUCACCAACCACAUAAUUGGUCCCUCUGACUGUGUACUUUACCGAGAGGAGAGCGAGUGAUCUUUGGCUGUCUGAAAUGAAAUUGUAAGUUUCCUGCUGUACGCAGUGCGUACCUUCAGACUCUCCCAAUAUGUGCAAGAGACUCCUGAUUUCUGACCAGUCCUCCCAAUUGUACAGCCGCAGCCAUAAAUCUCCCGAUAAACAUCCCUAACCCCACCUGAAAUGAAAAUGGCAAAGGCUACCCAAAUAGAUAACCACUGAUGUAAAGAAAGGGAGGGGAGGUCGCCGCAUUUGUAUGUGGCCUUGAUUAUUUGCUUUAGCAUGUUAUUUUUAUCUCGAUGAGGAACUUGUGACACCACACUGCAGCAUACGUAAAGUUAGCUUCGCCAUCGUACAAUGUUAUGGGGGGAGCAUGCUAAAAGUGGGAACGGGAUAUAAGAUUUUGCGGGCCAGUGCACAUUUUGCCGUGUACACGUGUGUAUAUAAUUACAUGCACAUUAUGAUUACCAGCACUGGUAUAAUUGCCAGUGUUUAAAAGCUUUAUUGCAAUCAUUCGUAGCUGUGUAUGAUGUUAUUGCGGCUCUGUGAAUCAAGAAUUCAAAACAUGUGUGUUCUUUCUUUGCCAUUGCCCCCUUGUCGUUUUGUGAAUUUCCCUAUGUUCGAGAUCCCGAGGUUGGCAGGUAUGGCAGUGCUAUAAUACGUGGCUCACAUAUUCACAGCAGCCUUGACUACUGAUUGGCAGUGUUUUCUAUGUUCAACACAUGUUGCAGGGCCCAUUUGAAAGCUGUGCCUACUAUAAAAGUGCACUUUGUGGGGAUUGUUGCUUCAGAGGUUCUUGAGGAGGGGUUGUAGAAGGUGUAGUAUAUGUGGGUGUAACUGAGGGGUUGGCAGGAAGGCUCUUCAAUUGUCUUAAUACGUCACAUCCUAUACGUUGCUAACUACCCUGCAGUGGUCUUGUUUGCUGUCAUCUGCCUGUCCUCGGUUAUUGUGUGAUGAAGUAUUUAGGCCAAAAAAAAGCUUAGCAUCUCCCCUUGGUCUUCACUGUUUUGACUACUGUACAUGAGUGAAACAACAAAGAACAAAAGACCACUGUGUAUGUUUCUAUGUGAGAGGUAUUGGUGUAUUGCCUGCACACUUUUUACGCCUAGUGUAUUGGUUGCUGCUUUACUCUGUGUGCCAGGGGAGCUGUUCUCGAUGUGUCCACCUAGUGGACAUAUCUAUUUUGGCGGAGCGCAUUCAGUUACUCGAAAAAGCAGCAAGCCAUGAUGUCAUUGUGCUCUAGACCACAUCGAUGCACUGAACCCGCCAGCACAUUCCCAGCUUAAUAUGAAAGAAAGUGGAUGAAAUGUUCAGUAACAGGACACUUUAACAAACUUGACAAGUUUGAACUUUCGUAUGAACGUGUUGAGAUGUUUGAAAACGAUGCAGGGAAUGUGCACCGACCUUCACAAGUUUGUUAGACGGGCGGCCGCAUUAAACCUAAUUCGAGGGCUAACGUGAUCAGAGUUCAUGCAUGUCCUCUGAGAUGUGCACCGAAAAGCGGAUCUCUGGGGGCUGUGUUCAUUGUGUUGAAGCACAUCCUGUUCUUCUAGUGUGUGUCAAGAGUUGUGGAGGCUUCGUGAUGUCAAAAUGACGUUGCAGAAGAACCGGAAACGGGGCGCGCUGCUUGCCGAGCUCCAGCUAGUCAGCAGUGGCCGAAAUGGACAGUCCACUAGGUGGAUACAUCGAGAAUAGCUCCUCAGUGCUGGUGUGAGAGAGAACACUUACUUUCUGUUAAUAUAAUGAGAAUGGAAGGCCACUCUGGCGAUUUCUUGACCAUGUCAAGAUAGUAGUGAGUGUUUGUUCCUGAGAUGGUCCUGUCAGUGGCCUGAUAGUAGAAAUGCUCAGCAAAUUUGAAAAUAACCUUAAAUAAGAAAGACGCACGAAACUGAAAUUGAAACCCAACCAAGCAGUACUGCAUUUGGGUGAUGUACAAAGGGGCACAAAUUGGAAGUCGUGCAUGGCAUGCCAGCCCGGACAACGUACAAGACAAAAGCUGUUAAAAGCCAUGAAGAGCAAAUGCUCAGCGGAAAUGUGAUCACACAGCCCCAUUCGUACCAUGUCUGUGGUUGACAGCAGGGUCUUUUAGCAGUGCUAAUAUACCGUACCGGCUGAAGAGUGCACAUGCAUAAACUUUACUGUGUGGAAAGUUUCUGUAACCAACACCGUGUGUAUCCAUACAUGGUAAACUACGUGCCGUGCAAAAGGUGGCGUGUACUUGGCUUGUAAGAAGUUUAUUGAUCCUGUCAUGGCAACGUGAAAUGCUGCUAUCCGCAAACUUACUCGUACUUCCCACUACAAUAUUAGGAAGUUUUAGUCAGACCGCAAACCUCUUUGCGUUAACAUUCUACCUGAUUACCGUAGCCACGAACUUGAGUGGACUGGACAGGUAGUGCCAACUGGCUGUGGAGAGAUAGAACAGGCAAGCACAUAACGUAAACAAGUGUAUUCUGCUUUGUUGCUGGUUUAAAUUUUCAGCAGCUGCAUAAUUCUGAAUGUGCUGUCUUUAAAACUUUUUAACAUCAACGACUCUGCAGCGGUUUGUUCAUUGUGUCGCUGUGCCCUGGUUGACGUCACACGCUAUGUGGGACUACAAACAGGUGGUUUGAGGUAAAUAAUAAAAUUCGCAAGCAAUCUCCGUAUCUCUGAAGCCUGUAAUUUUGCAUAAAUGACGGAAGUGUGCUAAGGAACGUACCCAGCAAAAUUCAUUAAGACCCAUAGUACUCGAAAAAUCGCUGGAGUUGGCCUUUACGACUUCACUUUCCUGCGCCAUGGUUGUUGUGAUGAAGAAACCACCCCAUGGCACCUUUCCAAUUUCGGUGCAGGAGUGAAGGAAAUUACAGCCGUUAGCUGGUGUUUUCUUUCAUAUUGACACAAUAUUUUUAAAAAUAAUGUGACCUAAAGGGCAUGCAAACAUAGGAAACUGAAUAAAAUUGUAAUUUGAAUGACAUUUGUCACUGUAAUGAAGGUUUACUGUAUGAUGAAAAAUAGCCUGUAUUACCAGCCCAACAUUCAGUGUAAUAGCGAAAUUGGGAGCGAGUCUUUUGUGCUGUUAAAAUGAAAAAGCAAGAAGUAAUUCUUUUUGUGUCACUCGCACAAGACUUAGUAAAGAGUAGUCAGUAAUAUAACACAUCUAUGUUUGUAUCAUUGGCAUUGAUAGUGCAGCUUCUAUCAAAAUGGUUAUAGUCGGUUACAACCUAAGAGCUCCGCCCACAGCUAUAGCUGUCCCUCCCACAGAGAAUUUGCAUAAAUGCUCCAUCCAAUAGCGCUUACUCGUUUUUGUGAUGUCAAGCGCUCGAGCGUUUCAGAUAGGUGACUUUCCCAUAACGGCUCUCGUUUGUGUCGCUGGCUUUAGGUCGGAAACUUGAACGUUCUGGUAAAUUUCGUCAGGGAUUCUGACAUCGCCGCUCAGCCAAACGUAGUUUUUUAGGUAGUAAUGACAAACCUUUAACUCCUAAUACGCUUAGUAUUUACAUUAGCCAAGAAAAGGUACGGUCCCAGCAGAAACCAGCUAGCACGACUGUCUUCUACUGGUGAAGGUCAGGCGUGCUGCGGUUCUGUGGGUGGAGCAUUUUUUCUAGGGUUGUAACGGAAUCUAUUUAGAGACCUGAUGGAACACCUGAUUGGGGUUGUCUCCUCUGUUUAGGGGCUCUUUGCUGCUUUUGUGUAGUUGAGAGCCAUUUACACAAUAAGAACUUGUAUUAAAAAAUUCUUCAGUACACUGGCUUACAAUGUUAUCCUUGCAUGCAUGCAGGCUUUGUUUGCAUAACAUGAAAUCCACUCUUUUCUUUUUCUGUAUAAUGAAAAUAUGCCUUAUUUAUGUUGUUGAUAGCUCAAUGUCAGUGAUUUUAUUGUCUUUCUAAGAACCAUACCAAAAAGGAAAAAGUGUCAGUGUAAGUUGAAUUUUCAGAAUCUUUGGCUUUAAAACCAUAGCAGGGGAGAGGUAUUCUGGCAGUGUGCUCAUAUUGCAAAAGUCUUGGGGUUAAGCUUUUUGGCACUUCACACGAAGGCUUGAAUGCUCGAGUAUGUUUAUUUUUUUAGCUAGAAGGAAACGCUUUGACUUUGGUGGUGUCUGCUGGAGCUAGGAUGCAUUUAUUAUGGUGAAAGAGGUUGCUUUGUUUUUGUCUGAGUAUGUAUGCAUGCUAAUUAUUGUCCUUUAAGUAGUUAGCCUAAUUAUGCCCCUCCGUAAUUUUAUUUUUGUGGCCAAAUAACUUAGAAGCAUUUAUUUUUAUUCCCCUUAAGCUUAUAUUGCUUUAAGUACAGGCAGUGCAAAGAUCUAGCCAGAAUAAAACAUGAAUGCUUUUUAUGUUUUAUUUCCGGAGCCCUCCACUACAGCGUUCCUCAUAUUCAUAUCGUGGUUUUGGGACGUUAAAUGCCUACAAUUAUUAUUAUUACUUUUUAUGUUUUACUGCAGUUUGGAUUUAGCAGUGUGUGUGAAUGAUGUUUUUUGCUGGAUAUUGCAGUAGCAGUUAGCCAUAGUAUAAUAUUGGCCCGGAAGUUUUUGUUAAAUUUUGCUUGAAGUAUGGAGAAUGACUGUAGUGAGGCGCUUGUGGUAGAGAAACAGUUUGCUGUAAGCUUGCCAGUAAUUGCCUAUUUACCAUUGAUGCCUGCUGGAAUGCUUUUUCAUAUGGCGCAGUUUUUGUUGCUAAACUUGCUGCUGCUCCUUCAAGACGUACUGUGUCGCACAAUUUUUUCUUCCAUUUUUUAUUGUUACUGGUGCACGGAAGCUCGUUUGUCGUAUCUGUGUGCGUUCAUGUGGUUGCUUUUGUAGAAGUUAAUGCACUCUGCUUAUGGCUUUAUACUACCGUAGUCUUUGUGCUAUUGAUAUUGCUAUAAAACUAGCUGAUAGGCAAAGGGUAUCCAUAUACACGUUCAGAUUGUGGGUGGCUUAUUUUGCGGUUCAUUUCCGUAAAAUUCUGCCAGAUGCUGCUGGAGGCAGUGCAGUGGUUUACGUCACGCACAUAUAUUUUUUGUUUAGAAGGCUUGCACAUAUGUCCCUUUGAUGUUCUUUUAAAAAAAGAAAUGUUUACUCUUUGCUUGAGUAGGUGCACUAAAGACCUUCUGAAUGUUGUUGAAUCUGCAAACAAACAACAAAUGUUAUUGCUUUUCUCUGAACAAAGGCACUCUGUGUAAAGAGUGUUGUAGUCAUCUUUAUACUCAUUGCUUCAUGGCUAUUGCACAGUGUGCAAGUAUCCACAGAGAAGCACAUGCCAAGUUCUGUCCUGUUAUAGUCACUGCAAAGAUUUGUCUGUGCAGUAUGAUUUUUCUUUUCUUCAAAAUGGUGUCAUGUGCACUUGCUCUCCUAUCCUCACUAUGCUGUUUUCUUCCUCCCACAUAAUGCAUGCUAAAGUUCAGCAGUAUGUGGCUGAUGAAGCCUUCUAGUCUAUUGAAAAAAAAAAAAAAACAGCUGUCUUAUUUCUUUCAAAUUAAACAUUUAUGCCUGUUAAAUCUGAACUUUCUGAUCCUUUAAAAACUUGUAAUUUGUAUUGUAUAAGCAAGUGCACUGUGAUAGUGAUGAGAACGAUUGGUGUGUUUUAAAUGUUUGCUCUUUUUAUGUUGAGAUCUCAAAAACAUUUUCCUUUUAUUUCUAGUCGUAUUUUCCCCCACCUCUAUUCUUUUUUUUUUAAACUUCAUGCAUGUGGUACUGUCGCAUUGGAUAUUCUAGUAGAUAAUUUGGUUGGUUCCUUAAUGAGAACAGAUUGUGUGUAUCAGCUUUCUGAUAUAAACUGGUUAGAAAUUUUUUUUAAAUAUCUGUUUGGCUGGCUGAUUACACAUUUAUAACUUAACUGAUUAAGACUUGAGCAUGUAGAAAGGACGCUUAUUGUAAAAUGAAAUUGCAACCAAAUGGUUGCAUUUUUUUAUACCUUCAGUGCUGCGCAUAGUUAGACUCUGCUGCUGUGCUCACCACAUUAAAUAACCUGCGCAUGUCUUGCGCUUCUUUCUUCUCUCCUUUGUGCUUUGCUCAUGCCUUUCUAUCUGUCAAAAAAUGCCAGUUGUUGCGGAUAGCUGUAGCUAUAAAAACGUCUAUUAACUUUGCGUUCUUAUGGGGACUUGAAAAUUCUUUGUGCAGCUAAGCUCGUUAGUUGCCUUGCUUCCAUUAUGCUGAAGUACCAGAUCUCAUGGUGAAGAUAAUGUUGAGUCUUUUUUUCUUUUUAUGUGGUAUGUUUCCUAUGUUUAGUCUGGAAUAUUGUGCAACAAACCAGCUGUAGUAUUCUUGCCCUUUCCAGUGAUGGAAUAAGGAGGAUGUACUGCCUGUAUGCAAGAAUUUAUGAAACAUAGAGUUUGUAGUUUUGCACUGUGUAUUUUUGAAUGGUUAUAAUGUUUUGUGAUGCGUUUCUCUUUCUCUUAGCUUUUUUUUUUCAUGGGUGUAUCAUGCACAUGUAAAAGGGACGUUUUAUUAUUUUAUUUCCUUUUUCAUUUCGCUGUAGUAAGCUAGGAUUACAGGUAGAUUGUAGGGCUUGCAAGUGGUUGGUGAUCACAUUGUAAUGUAAUGAUCCUACUUUUUUGCUUGUUGUUUCGCUUGGAUGCAUGAGAACCGUGAUAUUUUACUUUUCCCCCCUUGCAUUGUGUAUGCAAUGGUGACAGCUUAGUAAACAUUUGUUUUGAGCUACAUUGUGCCAAACCGUUUCAUUUGCAUUUGCUUUUGCUUCUGGUAUUAUAGCAGUAAACAAUAAAGGGUGUUCGUGCUGAA